UUCGUAUUCUUCGCGAAUCCAAAAACUUUUUUUUCCUCCCUCUCUCUACUCCUCAUCUGGCGGCGGGAAAGUUUACGGAUUUCGGCUGCCUCGGAAGAAGGCGUCCGGUGAAGAGAAGAAAAAAUAAAUAACUAAAAGAGGAAUAUAUAUAUUUUUUUUUGUGCUCGUGUGUUAGUUCGAUUUGUUUUCUUUUUUUGCUUUCAAUCCGUGAAACUAUUUUAGCAUAUUCGGAGGAACAGUUGAGUGAAACUUUUGCAUUGAGAAACGAAAACUAAGUUUUCGACUGACUGAGCGGCUGUGCUCAUACCGGCGGAUGCUGCGUAAUGUUCUAUUUUUCUUAUUCUAAGAAAGCAAUGACUGGAGCAGUUCCAUCGGCUAACAUGGGUCAAACUGGUGGUGUGAAUGUUGGAGGUCAAGUGUCUGAUCCAAUGAGUGCCCUCAAAAGUAUGGCUGGUCAAGGCAGUGGUGGAACUGUUACAAUUCAGUCUCAACCAGGCCAGACACAAAUGACGGCUUCGCUUUUGGGAUCUGGAGGCACCAUAAGUCAGAUGGCCACUCCCCCACAAUCUCAGCCACAAAUACAAGUUCAGUCUUUGGGCCCAGGAAUUGCACCAGGAUCUGGUCCUAAUGUAGUGACUUCGUCUAUUAAUCCUCAAGGCAUGAGUCCGAUGGUCAUGCAACAAACACGAUUUCUAGGACCUGGGGGUGUUUUAGCUUCCCAGCAAGUUCAACAAAGACCGCAAAUGCUGGCACCAAAUGUACAGAUCUUGCAAAAAUUUAGACAGCAAGUGCAAGGGCCACCUCCUAAUGUCACUAGCACUCAAAUUCCAAUGCAAGGAAAUUACAAUGAAAAUAUGUUUCUGCAGCAGCAACAAAGUCCACUCUCUACACAGUUUCAAGGACAUAGUCCAGCACCUUCAACUAUUCCAAAUCAAGGACCAAGUAGCAAUCAACCUGCUGUACCAUCUCCUGCUAGUCUUCCUACUCAAAAUAUGGGUUCACAGAUGGCUCCAUCCCCUGCUGUUUAUAGUCAAAGCCCUAAUCCUCAAAUUACACCUUCACCUGCAGGAAGUUAUUCUGUCAGAACUCCUGGUGCACCAUCCCCUGGCAGUGCUUUGAACACACCUAUUCCAGCUGGUGCUGCACCAAGUCCUAUCAACCGAACACCACAAGAAGAUUGUUACCUUGAAAAACGAAAGCAACUUUCUAAAUACAUUGAGCCUUUGAAAAAAAUGAUUUCUAGGAUAGAUAAGGAUGAAAAUAAGAAGAAAGAUUUGCAAAGGAUGAAAAAUCUGCUUGAUUUGUUAACUGAUCCUAAUCGAAGAUGUCCAAUGGAUGUGUUGCUGAAAUGUGAACAUGUUUUGGAAAAGAUGAACCCUUCUUUCUUGCAGAUGGAAGGAACUUUACCAGCUGCACAACCAACUGCAUUUCCUCCAAAAACUCAAGAACAAAAUAUAUGUCAGCCAUUAAUUGAUGCUCUUACAAAUAUCAGCAAAUCUCCUAUGUUUAACCAUAUUCUUUCUAAAACUUUUGGUCCUCCUAUAACUGCUUUAUUUGGACCUAGUGUCAGACAUACAACUCCUACACCUAAGAAAAGGAAGUUUGAAGAAGAUUCUAAUGAAAUAUCAGAUACUCUUCAAGGUGAAAUAGCUCGACUUGAUCAAAAAUUCAAAGUUCAAUUGGAUCCUGUUCAACACCUUGGAUCUAAGACUGUCAAUCUCAUUUGUCAGCUAGAUGAUAAAAACCUUCCAUGUGUACCAUCUAUUAACAUAACAGUUCCUGAAAAUUAUCCAGAAAAACCACCGCAGUGCUACACAACUAAAGAUGAAUAUGAAUCUACAUCAAUUCUUCAAAAUAUACAACAAGUACUUUCUACACGUUUAAGCACCAUGCCUCAGAAAUAUUCCAUCACUUCACUUUUGGAUACAUGGGAAAUGAGUGUUCGUCAAGCUUGCGCUUCCAAACCUGUUGCCGUUGAAAAUUGAAACAUAAAUACCGUUCAGCCUUUUUUUUUUUUUUUUUUUUUGUAUAAAGAAAUAUUCCUAUAAAAAAGCAUUACAUUAUUUUUUUUUGUUUGUUUGUUUUGAAGUGUUUGUCAGCAAUCAAUAUAUCUGCUUAACAGAACUGGAAAAAAGUAUGAAAUUUAAAAUAUAUAUAUUUCUUUUCUGGUGAGCAUUGAUUCAAUCUCAGGAACAAUCAUUUAUUAUUAUUUUUGGUAUGCAUCCUUGUGAGAGAAAUGUACAUAAAAAUCUAUUCUGUACCAUAUCUGUAU